CAGUUCUAGCUCAACAUGCUUCAGUAUAGGAAACAAUUCCUUGACUCAGAUCUUAAAGAUGACCACAUCUUGGACUACAUUGCCGUGUUCAAUCGGAGGUUAACUAAACGCCUCAACCUAUGCAAAAUCCAGGCCGACGAAAUCAAACACGACCAGGGCAGAGAAAAUGUUCUCUCAGGAGGGGUUCGGAUCAAUUUUCGGCUUCUAAAUCCGGUACUGGUGAAGAACUCCAUGGUUGUGGGUGAUAAUGAGGAUGUGAUCAUCACACAAUUCAAAUUUUCUACCAAGUGUAUCUUGGUUCUACCCGCUACCAAUCAGGAAACAUGCGGUGAUUUACUUGAGAAGGUUAUCGAUCUGUUUCAUAUCCUCAUUGUCCCAGAUCAGACCAACUCUCUCAUGUCAAAGACACAUCCACUGCUAUUCUACGAGCGCGAAUUGUCAUUGACUCAACAAGACAUUUUCUACCGACAACUUGAAGCGCACGAAAUCCCGUUAAAUCUAACCAUUCUCUGGAGCUUGAAUCAAGAGCGCAAAUCUCUAGUUAUCACAGAUCAUAAUCCUAAUUUGGAACAUUUUGCAAGAUUCUCCAUGGAACAACUGCAAGAUAAACUCGAGAGUCUGCAAAUCGAGGAGAAUGAAGCCAUUGCUCGAGUUCGCUCGAGCUACGAGAUCCAACGUGCGGCCAUAGACGAACUCUUGAAUAAACGAUAGGCGAUAAA